CAUUAAAUUUAGCAGGCUGAAUCAUUUUCAUAAACUGACAUAUUUAUUCUUCUCUUUUUGAGCGAGACUUUUCUGUUGCUGACGGACGUAGUCUUCACUUGUACCUGAAACCAUGGCAUCAGAACAGAGAUGGAUCCCUCUUGAAUCAAACCCAAAGGUGCUGAACAAGUAUGUGCACAACCUGGGCAUGGAUGCCGGCUGGAACUUUGUCGAUGUCUUUGGUCUGGACCCUGAACUCCUGGCCAUGGUACCGAGGCCGGCCGCUGCCCUGGUCCUCUUGUUUCCUGAUGACAAAGAAACGGUGAAUCAGCUGAUUGGAGAGUACCAGAGCGAUUAUCCCGACUCCCUUUACUACACAAAGCAAACAAUUGGCAACGCAUGUGGUACUGUUGCGAUUGUACAUGCCCUGGCGAACAAUGAAAAUGUCAUUCCCUUCGAUGCUGCAAAGCAUUUCAAGACAUUCCUGGAGAAGACGAAGCCACUCAACCCAGAGGAGAGGGCCAAACAUUUGGAACAAGACAACUUGAUGGGAGCAGCUCAUGGGGACUGUGCCCAGGAGGGGGACACACAGGCUCCAUCUCAAGACGAACAUGUGAAGUCCCAUUUUGUAGCGUUAGUCCACUGCAACGGAACGCUUUAUGAAUUGGAUGGGAGAAAGGAAGCACCUGUUGUCCAUGGAACGACCUCAGCAGACACAUUUCUUGAGGACGCUGCUGAAGUUGUGAAGAAGUUCAUGGCGCGAGACCCGGAGGAUCUAAGCUUCAACGUGAUGGCUCUGGUGCAGGGUGGAGACGACAUGUAAGCCUCUCACUCUGUGGAGAGCCGGGUGGGGGUCGUUGUCAGACGCUGUGUGGGAACAGAAUGCGCAACAAGACACAGUUGAAAUUGUUUGGGGUAUUUUUGUAUUUUUAUUUAUUUAUGUCUGAGAAUGAUAGCAAAAAUAAUUAUGGUUCUCUUAAUUUGAUAAAGUUGUUGAGAUGUCCCUGAACUUGCAUAAAUGGUAUUUUAAUUAUGCUGAUUAAAUUCUGUGCAAAGUAAUUUUGGCAAUGCAAAUAGCCGUGUAUGACAAAAGACUGGAACAAACUCCUCAUGUAACUUAGGAGAUUUUAUUUUUCCAAUUUUCAGGAUCUGAUGAAAAUGUUGAAAAUUGUUUCAUGCUAAGAAUUGUAAAGUACUGUUGAGUUUAGCAGAGAAGGGGAAGCUGGUAAAGAUUUCUAUUUCUAGUCUUCUACUAUUAUUUGUGUGGCUGUUUUUGUUGUUUUAUUUGUGUGAGUGAGUACGACGUCCGUGUGCUGCUGUCGGGUACUCACCUCAACCUUGAUGAAAGCUUUUCCAUGUAUUUCGUUCAACAUUGGUAGAUUCUAGCUUUAAAAACAUUCUGCGACUGCUGAGAAUUGUUUUGCUUACAGUCAGCAUUGUGCAUUAUUCCCCAUUUAUUUCAAUUAUGUUACAAUAAGCCGUUACGGACCACUGUGUAACAAACUGUUUAAUGUCAUUGAAUUGAAGUGUCUUUCUCAAAUUUCUGUAUUGCAUGAACAGAGUUUUAAGUUUUCGUUCCAGAGUGUAAAGGUCAUGUACUAAAAAAGGAAGAGACUCAAAUUUAGACCUAAAGGAGAUGGGAUACAGCUGGACAGAUGUGGAGACAAUAGCAUAAGACAUAUAUAUUAGAAGUAGAUAUGGAGAGCUCUUGUUGGUGGCCUAUAGUCUGGCUUGGGGUGAGGCAGGAUGAUGACAAAUUGAGUUGAGGAAUGCUUCAUCAAGGUGCAAGCUUGAUGACACUUUUUGUAUUUCCUGAACACCUUUUUGGAUCCAAAAGUUUUCUUCCAUUUUUGGUAAUUUUGGCAUUGACAGAUCUGUAAAGACCGGUAUCUGUGGUUUGUAGAGGUUAGGUGUUUCGCUGUCACUUGCAGGAGACCAGAAUUUGAUUCCCCACAAGAUGGAAAAUUUUUAUGAGUAUCUUGGUCUUUCUGCAGGGGUGUUGUAUCUCUCUCAGCACGGAUUAGCCCAUACAGGCAGGGUCUUAAUGGUCUAAAAUAAUUUUUUUAAUGCCUGUAAAGUGUCUUUUUUAAAGUGGCCUCUCGUUGAACUUGAAAAUUUCCUUUUUUGUGCAAAUUCAAAUACACAGAUUUUAUUCUGUUGUGAGCUGUGAUCAAAUGCACCACCACAAUGUUAUGGUUUCUGCUAGUUCUUUUUUUGAGUGUAUCAAAAUGUAUGUUUUUGAAGCGGUGUUGCCAGUAAAAGUUGCCCUUAUUUUUGUGUGUUUUAUAAUCAUUCUUUGGAUGAUGUCAUAGUUACUGUCAGACGUACAAUGACAUAACUGCUAACCCUUUCGUGACAGCUCCCGUACAUGAUAGUAAGUCGAACACUGUGAGCCAGGAUGCUGUCCUCCUAUAUGAUAUAUGCAUCCUAAAAUGCAGAAUUAAAUUAAAAUGAGAUUUUAUAACACUUCUGCAAUAGCUUUCAACGGAGUUGUACCAGAAAAACUAAUGAGAUUUGAAUUUUGCGAUAACAAAUCAUCUUGUCUGAAUCUGGGAUUUUGAAAAAUGCCUCAAAAUGACUGAAACUGAAACUGCUCACAGUUGUGGCUCGCAAAAAUUUGGCGCAGUGAAAUUUGGAGAAAAAAAACCCGACAACUUUCGUCACGAAGGGGUUAAAAAUUAAAGAGGAAAGUAAAAUAAGUUGCUUUUGCAAUGACCACUUUAAUAAAUUGCUUUGUGUUCACCUUUACUUGGAAAGAUCGAAGCACCUUUCUGUCUUGUGUGCCAUUUGAAUUGAUACCCACUCUUGUCUUUUCAGUCAUUUAUUCCUUUUCUGAUAUAUAGUCAAUGUGUCUAUUGCUCUUCUGUUCUCGGGAUCCUGCUUUCCCUGCACUGUCUGUCAUUGUUGCUGCUUGACAAGAGUUUCAACUCAGGUUUCAACUUACUUUGACUUUGACUCCACGUCUGACUUUUCUGAGGACAACUCAAGUUGCUCUUUCUUAGUUUUACUUACUUUAAUUCCUCCUUGAUGGUAGGUGGUUUUGCAGGCGCUUUGUUCUUCUUGGUGAGGUUUAACCCUUUUCUAUCAAACUUCUAUCGCCGUUAUCUCCUAUUAAUAUUCCUAUCAUCCUUAUGUCUCCUCCUUUUCUUUGUAUGUUACUCUCUACUAAUACCUCUCUAAUCUUCGGCACUUACAUACAUGUCCUAAAUGUGUUCAAGUGCUGUAAAACACUAAAAUUAAAACCUAACUAUGGUCACCUUUCUCAUUCUCUGAAAAAGCUGUAUUGUGCUGCAACUGCUAAUUAUAUUUUGCCUAAACAAAGUAACAAUUGCGAUGAACCAUUACAAUGCCUUUUUUCUUUCUUUCUUUCCCACAAUAGCAACUGAAGGGUUAAUUGACAGUUGCGUGAUGAUGUGUCUGUGGCAUAUAUAUUGUAUCUCUGUUGUACUUGACACUUUGAGUAUUCUCACGUUUUCCACUUGUCUCCUUUCAAAAUGUCUCGUUAUAAUAAUACACUUCGGUUUGUGUACUCGUUCACAAGUAUGCACGCACACAUGUCCACUGCCGCUCCCACUUUCAGGAAUGUGCAGCACACUCGGACUCCCUACACUCAUACUCAAAAAAUGCUCGCUCUUCAUACUACGCUUUCCCACCGUCUGAUACAAAGUACUCAAGUGUCGUACUCACAAUCACCAUCUCAUUCACCCAUUCCAUCCUAGCAUGAAGAGCUCCGUUAGACUAGUUAAGCUGGUGUCAUGCUGGGCUUAAGAGCGGAUGGCCGUGGUUCAAAUCGCAGACUGAGCGUUCUUGAACUCUUUGUUGUGUUGUGGAGUUUUCAAGGCUAUUAGUAUUAGCCCAUUUGGCUCGGUCCUGUCGAAGACUGACAUUAAAUUCAGAGGGCCUGCUUUUUAAGUAACCCAGUUGUGUUGACAGGGGCAUUAAACCCGUACAUUUACUUUUACUCUGGUACUGGUAUGGGCUCAGAGUCAGUCUCUCUCUGUCUGACCUUAGCAGUUGCGAGCGCCGUAAAACCUUAUACUAUACAUACAUCUCUCUGUCUGGCUCACAGAUACACAAUUUUUUGUCCUCAUCACUUGAUCAGAUAUCUGUUACAUGAUUUUUCUCGAUCACAUAUUCCAGGAAAAAAGCAUCACCACACAUCAUUGUCUUCUUUUCUAAGAGUUCUCCAAAUUUGUUUUACAUUUUAUGGUGGUAGGGUAUAAAAAAAGUUGGCUGCUUCAUAUUAUUUACAGAUAGUUACAAUGCUUACAUGUAUGUAUACUGGGUGUUUUUGUCAGCCAAGUCUGAUUUGCUUUAACACAGAUUAUCAGGUACACACAUCUUGAUGCAGUGGGCAUUGCCAAGGUUUGGAUGGCCAAAUGCACUUAUUUUGAGUAGGCUACUUUUUUACCAAGUGUUGAGGCUCAUUCAGACCAAAGAUGGUCCGUCUGUCCGUGCAUGUAACAGAUGAUGGCUCACUCACUGGGGAUGUUGUGUUCAUAUCACACCAUGUGUCUGUUCCUUGACAUAUCUUUUUGGCCUGGGGCAAAUUGAAGUCACUUGAAUGGUCUAUUUAGGUAAAUGCUACUUAUAUUUGGCAUGUUUCUGCAUCAAAAUCUGACCAAGAGUAGGCUACUGAUAUGAUCAAAUUUAAGCACAAAAAAUGUGUUAGAAAAAUUUAGCCUUCCUGAACUUGCCCCUACAUGGGAUUUGGUGGAAGAAAAUUUCGACAAACGUCAACUCAUUUCAAAGCACAGAUGCAGGACUCAGUUUGAACAUUAACAAGUCCUGUGGCUAAAAAAUGUACCGAUAUGGAGAAUCCAAAAUGUAAGUUCAUACAGCACCAUUUCUGUUGUUGCAUCCCUUCAUCCCGUCUCAUGGUAAAAACUUUUUGCCCAGCAAUCAUCAGUUUUGUUCUCAGAUGUAUACCUUAUUUGAUUUGUGAUUCAUCUCAAUCCUCUCAUUAUAAUGAUUCAUUCGUAGACAAUCGUUCUGUAUUUCGUUAGCCAGCUGUUCAGACGUACUAAGCCCAUAAUUUUUUUAUUUUUUUUUCCAAUUGCAGUUUUAGUCUACUCUAUGGUAUCAGUUGCAUGUAGACCUACUUGAGAAAUAUUUUGUCAAAAUUCAAAUUCUAAAUCAUUUAAAAUGUUGAAAAAAGCCUGAAAAGACACAUAAUUUGUAAAAUGUAGAAGGAUAAAACAGUUAUUAUAGAUAUCUCUCUCCUGAAUAAUUUUGCUUUCAGGGCUUAGAACAGUUGAACAGCUAGUCGACGAUUUGUACCUCAUUUGCUUGUGGUGUGGGGUUGGGUUUCAUGGGUAAAUGUUUUGUCAUGCUAAGUGCUUUCUACAUGUGAAAAAUUUGAUGUCAACAAAGACUGCUUGACUUAAAAAUAUGUUGCGGUCUAUGUGAAAACUGUUCUUCAGUGUUCGGCUUUUGUUGAUUAAACAAAGUUGUUGCCAAGCUUA